GAUUGUUUUUCUUUUAAUAUGAUGUGACAGAGUUUAUUGGCCAUUCAUACUAUGUUCACACCUUUGCUAGUUCACUUAUGCAACAAUUAUUGCUACAAAGUCUCUGCAAUGCUUAUAUUGUCCAUUAGCUAGAGUCUGUUGCCUAACUCUAUCUCAAGAUCCGGCAUCUGCGUAACUUACAUAAAAAAAGAUACUCCAGAGCCUGUCAGGUAAAACAUUCUAGCGACAGAAAAAUCGUCGAGUCUAAUGUCUAGCAUUUAUGCACUGGUUCUUAUAACAAGACGAUAAACAAAAGGGGUGAGAGUGGCAAACGAACUUGCACACAAAUGAGAAGAAAGCGUCGAAGGUUUCCUGGGGAACUAAGCCGCACAGAAUAUCAGAUCAGAUCAAGAACUCGGUAUCGUUUCUUAAUGGUAGGAACUAGAACUUUACGUCACACAAAAAAAUGUCUUAGGGUAAAUAAAGGCCUUCGGCCUUUAUUUAUUAAAGCUAUUGGUAAAUACUAUUGGUAAAACUAUUAAGACUAUUUGUAAAACUACUAAUGUAAAGUAGGACAAACAUAUCCACUCGGCUGCUAUGGAUCUGCUUCGUGAUCUGUGGCUUACACUGAAAUUUGUAAAAUUCUGCAGAACUCUUUUAUUCAGUACGUAUAAUUUUUAUUUAAAAAGAAACAAGUAUCGCUUAAACAAUUAUUGAUUUGAUGAUUUUCUGCAAGCAGGCGAUUUCUUAUAAAAUUUACUGUGAUCGUACUUUUCUUGAAGGUUAGGCGAGACCUGACCCACGCUACACAUCUUUUGCAGUCAGCGAUGAUUUUGCGAAGGGAAAGCGCUGUGUACGUACGACGACAAUGUAGUGCGAAGGCGCCACGGUCAUUCGAAGACUGUGGCGCGUAGUCGUGAGAGAGGUGGCCAGCCAGAAGAUGUUGCACCAUGCCCGCGAAACGACUCACACAUUGACUGAUGAAUGACGCAGCUGUACGGAGAACAUGCGAACGCAAUUUCUCAGCCUCACCGUGAGCAGCCGGGAUCGACAAGUCCGAGAAGUACCACAUCAUGGGAUGUAGCUAAGUUUGCUGCCAGUUCACGUGCGCUCAUCCUUUUGCUUCAGUUUCUUUUUAAUUACUUUAUACAGGAUUACAAUGCGGAUGCAUUUCGCUCGCCGUUGAUCAUUUUGGAAUCGAAGCGAUGGUCAUUAAGCGAUCGAGUAGUGCAUACUCUAUUAGAAGGUCUGACUCGGUGGGACUCGCAGUAUUUCCUGCACAUAGCACAGUUUGGCUAUACCUAUGAGCAUAUGACAGCAUUCUUCCCUGGCUAUCCUUAUUUGGCCAGAAUACUCGCUCAAGCUUUUGAGGAUGUACUCGGAGAUAUUCUUUCGCCAUCCAGCUGGGUCUUGAUAUCUUGCGUUCUCGUCACGCACGUAUCGUUCGUGCUGUCUGCAGUCGCAUUAUUCUACCUCACACAAUUGAUGUUUGAUGAUCGUCACCUUCCGAUGCAAGUCGUCAAAAUGUACUCAUUUAAUCCAGCCUCGAUAUUCUUCGCUUCGUGCUACACUGAGUCGCUAUUUGCUUUCGUCACAUUUUCGGGUCUGUACCUUUUAGAAAAGGAGUAUGAUACCCUAGCAACGGUCAUGUUUGCUAUAGGAAGUGUGACUCGUUCGAAUGCGAGUCUGGUACCAAUUUUCUACCUAGAAAAAGCCUGGCGCCGAUAUCAGCGAGGCAAAUACGCCUUUAGCCUACUUAUUCGAGCCGGCUUUGCUUGUCUUGGCAAUGUCAUCGUUCAACUUUACUUCUGGGAUAGUUUUUGCUUUCCCCAUCAACAGCCGAAGGCGGUCAAAGAGGUGCGGCUUUAUGCAGCCGAGAUGGGAUAUAAGCAGAUUGGCAUAAAUGCAUCUGAGUGGUGCUUCUACCGUUUGCCAUUCUCAUACAGUUUUGUUCAAGCCAAAUAUUGGAACGUUGGGUUUUUCAAGUACUGGCAAUUAAAACAAACACCAAAUUUUCUCUUAGCACUUCCAGUUAUUGUUUUUGUGGCUCACUUCUGUCGACUCUACUAUAAACGUCUAGCAAGCUAUUGCCUGCAUGCAGCAAUUCUUUCAGCCAUAUGUGUGUUUUUCGCAAACAUACAAGUGGCCACACGAAUCCUUAUUAGUGCCUCGCCUGUCCCGUUAUGGGCGGCCGCUAAAUCUGAAAAACGCAACCUAGUAUGGGCCUACUUUUUGCUGUACUUCAUCCUAGGCUUAAUUCUUCACACAAAUUUCUUCCCUUGGACGUAACUGUUCUUCGGUUAUCCACCAACUCUCCUUUCUUUUAUCUUCCCUAUUAUAGAUUUGAUAUUCCAUAGAAUAUACAUUAAUGCAUCAUGAAAUGAAUUCAACUAUGAAUCAAUUGUACAUAUAUGAAGUGCUUCCGUUGAAAUCUUGUAAGCCAACUUCUUGGAAAUAGCAAGAAUUGAUUUGCGUUUCGUAUAACCUUUAAGCUUUAUAGUGGAUUAUUUCCUUAAGCAAGAAAUUUAGUUGACUUGACCUGCUUUUGGCUGUGUUUGGCAGGUCCGCGACAUUAUAGUUUCAGAUAGCAGCAUUAUUGAACGCUUCUUUUGCGCGAAAAUAGUCUAAGUUUAUAUUCAAGUGUAUAUUUCGAAGUUUUCUAUCGAAAGUCUAUUCACAUGAAAUACCGUACUUAGUUUAGUCAGGUAAUGCCACAGGUAGUAAUAGGUUCGCUUCUUUGCGUAGUUAGACAAUAAUAGUGAUCGUACACUGCAUAAUUGUGAAAAAGCGCCAAAGUCAAUUUUUUGGGUUAGAUAUUUUCUAUUCUAUUUCCCUUAGCGUUUUCAGCUAUCAACAGAUGUUUUCUCUGAAAUUUGCAAUGUAAGCAUUCGAAAGACUCGGUGAAAGUUAUGGCUUACAUGUACAAAAGCUUAAAGGGAUAUGAGAUCUGAUUUACGUAAAGAUUCCUGAACUUUAGCUGUUUUGUGUGCAAAUUGCAUCUUUUAGUCAAUUUCUGCAGUGCUUCUACGUUUCAAAUUACGCUAACAGAAUUUCAGAAAUUCUUAAAAGCAAAAGAUCCAGGAAAGAAUACACCUAAGAUAGACCCUCAGAAGGGAAAGUACAUAUAUACAUCAAUAUAAAGCAGCCCGCAGUUAAACUACAACCCUACAAUACCAUUUGAAGUCAGUUAGCCGCCCACUCGUUUUAUUAUUCGACAUUUAUGCCAACGAUUUUUUUCAUAUCUUAUAUGUAAAUAUUAGGCACUUUUUAACAUAGCCGGACUGUACAUAGUUAUAUAGAUAUACAAUAUGAUCGAAAAUGUUUAACAAUAAUGUUAGUAAUUGUUUCAUCUAAAGAGGUAAAAUCUUCUGGCGGAAACCUGCUAUGUAUUCUAAAAAAUACUCGAAGGCAGAUUUCUAAGCCGCACUGUAAUAUAUUUUGUGUAAAUAAACUUCAAUAAGCGAUACAACACACAAAA